UAAAUAUCGACGCUGUACAGUUCACGACAUCAUGAGAUUCAUGGAAUAAUCAGAUUUCUGUUUAUCGCUAGCGUCAACAUUUUUGUAGCCAGUGCCUCAUUAAUGUAUGAGAUAACACCUUGCAAUUACAUCAUAGCCGCAGAGUAAUGUGGGCAAAGAGUGUUUUGUUGAGUGCUAGUUAGAGGACGUGCGCGAUUUUCAAACAUCUGCAGCGGAACUUAUCAAAAAACAAGCGUGUGACAGUCGUCUUAUUCAGAGUUGUAGUAAGAAAGCAGCUUAAUGUUUAUGAAUUAUCAGAACAGUGGAGUCCAUCCAUUACUGUCAAAACAACAUAACCUAAAUAACCUAAUGCAUAGCUCCAGUUUCGGUAUUCUGUUAUAGUGACUAGAAAACAAGUAGCGAUGGGUAGACAAGUUCUGAAUUUAAAUGUAGGCAUUCUGGGUCACGUCGAUUCCGGAAAAACCUCUUUAGCAAAAGCAAUUAGUACAGUUGCCAGCACAGCGGCGUUUGACAAGAAUCCUCAAUCUCAAGAAAGAGGAAUAACGAUUGAUCUUGGAUUCAGUUCUUUUCAGGUUGACAUGCCGCCACAUCUUACGAAAUAUAGUGAUAAAGAGAUUUUGCAGUUCACAUUUGUGGACUGUCCUGGCCAUGCCUCUCUGAUACGAACAAUUAUUGGUGGAGCUCAGAUUAUAGACAUGAUGAUACUUGUAGUUGAUAUAACAAAAGGCAUGCAGACUCAAACUGCUGAGUGCUUGAUUAUUGGGGAAAUAACAUGCAAACAUAUGAUUGUUGUUUUAAAUAAAAUUGAUUUACUGCCACCUGAGAAAAGAGGAGUAAUGAUUGAAAAGAUGACAAAGAGAAUGAAAAAUACUUUAGCAAACACUGUCUUUAAAGAUGCUCCUGUAGUUAGUAUUUCUGCAAAAUCUGGGGGAGAUUCUGAUUUAAACAGUAGUUCUGUUGGAAUAGAAGAACUUAUAGAAACACUAAAACAAUAUGCUUAUGUUCCCACCCGUGGUACCUCGGAACCAUUCUUGUUUGCUGUUGAUCAUUGCUUCAGCAUUCGUGGGCAGGGGACUGUAAUGACUGGAACUGUUCUUCAGGGAUUUGUAAAUGUUAAUGAUGCAAUUGAAAUCCCUUCAAUGCAAGUUACUAAAAAGGUGAAAACAAUGCAGAUGUUUCAUCAGCCAGUUGAACAGGCAUCACAAGGAGAUCGACUAGGCAUAUGUGUUACACAGUUUGAUCCAAAACUUCUAGAAAGAGGACUAGUGUGUUGCCCAGGAUAUAUCACAAAUAUACAUGCUGCAAUUAUUUCUGCACAGAAGAUCAGAUAUUUCAAGAGUUCUGUAAAAUCAAAAAUGAAAUUUCACAUAAGUGUUGGUUAUGAAACUGUGAUGGCAAAAGUUUCAGUUUUUGGGCUCAUGGAGAAUGAUAAAUGCUGUGAGAAGUCUGAUGAGAGGGGUGACUCCUUCAGUUUUCAGCAGAUAUACAAGUAUCAAGAUGAGUUACUGUCUGAUGAAUCAGAUAGCACAAAACAGAUAGAAAAGGAAUUACCUUUAAAACAAUAUGUUUUACUUGAGUUUGAGAAACCAAUAUUGGCAAGUUCUCGUUCCCUUGUCAUUGGUUCAAAACUGGACAUUGAUAUCAAUAGUAACAGUUGUCGAAUUGCAUUCUGGGGAAAGAUGCUCGAGAGGAUUGUUGAUAAAAAUUAUUCCACUGCUGUACUACCAAAACUGAAAGUUUACAAAAACAAAUGCAAGACAGGAAUUGUUGACAGAAUAAAAAAUGCAAAUGAAGUAAUCGGAAAGGACAUUUUCAAGAGGGAAACAAACAUCCAGCUGUUUGUAGGGUUAAAAGUGAACCUGUCCACUGGUGAAGAGGGAGUAAUAGAUGGAGCAUUUGGCCAGAGUGGGAAAAUCAACAUCAGAAUUCCAGGUGGCCUGAAAGAUACAACUAUUUCUCAAAUAAAUCAAGGCUCAAAGAAAAAGGGUAAAAAUGUUGCUGUACAAGAUGAUGGAAAUGAUACUGGCCCUGUGAAAUUUACAGUUGCAUUCAAAAGAUAUGCAUAUGAUCCGGAAAAGAGGAUGACACAGCUUUAAUGUCUGUAAAAACAAACUUGAAAUUGUUUGUAAUUAAAGUUACUCUGUUAAAUGACAAAUAAAAUAAAUGUUUAAGACACUAAAGUCAUUCAAAUGUGAAAAA